AUGACUCUUGCUGAUAAAGCUCUAUUGCCCCCUUCUAUCAAGUUCCGAGUCAAUGAUGUUUCAGUCUCUCCCUUCAUCGUCUCUGGUUCUCCAUUAAUAACCUCAAAUUGGACCAUUCACUUCACAGUUGCAAACCCUAACAAUAAGACCAUCAACUACGAAUCGGCCACGGUUUCGCUUUUCUACAAUUACAGCCACUAUUAUCUCUCAUAUGGGGAUAUCCCGCUGUUUAGCCAGUCCGGGAAGGAAGAGACGGUGGUGGAGGCGGAGCUUAAAGGGGAGCUUAAAGGGUCGUCAGUGCACGUAAGUAACAAGGUUUCCAAGUCCCUUACUAGGGAUAUGAAUUCUCUUGGAGCUCUUGAAUUCAAAGUAUAUGUUAGUUGUGUUGCUAGGGUUGAGCCUGAAACAGUAAGGAAAGGAUUGUCACGAGAGUGA